AUGUCAAGUGGCAUUGACGUUGCGAUUAUCGGCGUUGGCCUUGUGGGCUCUGCAGUGAUUGCGCAGCUCUCUUCAGUCUCCCCCCUUUCGUCCCUGCAUGUGAUUGCACUGCAGAACAGCAAAAAGACCCUGCUUGCGGAGCCGGGUCAGCGCCUCGCGCUCGGCGCGAACGGCGAGUGGAAGGAAUCGCUUGCUUCGAGCCCGGUCGACGCGCUCUCGCUCGAUGAGCUUGUGAACAAGCUGCACGAGAUCCAGGCACAGAACAAGCGCCACAUUGCGGUGGUCGACAACACGUCGGACGACGGCGUCGCCUCGUUCUACCCCCUCUUUGUGCAGGCCGGCUUCAGCGUCGCGACGCCGAACAAGAAGGCGUUCUCGGGCUCGCUGGACCUCUAUUCGCACAUCCUGCACUCGGCCAUGCAGCCCGAGGUGCUCGCCAAGGGACCACUGGUCUACCAGGAGAGCACCGUCGGCGCGGGUCUGCCCAUCAUCAGCACGCUCGAGGACCUCGUGAUUACUGGCGACAAGGUGAAGAAGAUCGAGGGCGUGCUCAGCGGCACGAUGUCGUACAUCUUCAACGAGUUCUCGCCCCCUGGCGGUAGCACGCGCAAGUUCUCCGACAUUGUGACGGUCGCCCGUGCCAACGGCUACACUGAGCCGAACCCCGGCGACGACCUGUCUGGCUCGGACGUGGCGCGCAAGCUCACGAUCCUGUCGCGCCUCAUUCCCGAGCUGGUGAAUGCGCUGCCCGACGGCUUCACGUCGGUCGACACCCAGUCGCUGACCCCGGCUGGCCUGCGCGACGAGAAGGACGCCGACACGUACGUCAAGCGUCUGCCCGAGUUCGACGCCGAGUUCGACGAGCUGCGCGCCAAGGCGCAGGCCAACAACGCCGUGCUCCGCUACGUCGGUGUGAUCGACGUAGAGAACAAGGUGAUCAAGGCCGGCCUCGAGUCGUACCCUGCCGACCACGCGUUCGCCACGUCGCUCGGCGGUUCGGACAACAUCAUCUCGUUCACGACGCAGCGCUACAGCAACCGCCCUCUGCUUGUGCAGGGCGCGGGUGCCGGCGCGGAUGUGACCGCGAUGGGCGUCGUGGCCGACCUGGUCCGCAUUGCGCAGCGCCGCGGAUAA